CACCUGGGGGCUUUUCGCACGUUGUCUCACAGAUGAAGCUGCAGAUUCUGACCUUUUCUGAUGAACACGGGUUCAGCUCACGUUUUGUAUCGCAAUGAACUGGUAUUCCUGGUCCACACUUUGCUCGGUUGGUGAGAGGAGCUGAGACCCAGCCUGAGGUUUUAAUGAUGUCGGUUCAGCGUUGUGUUUAUUCUCUGACCCGAGCGCACUUGCAGCGCAGGGCCUGGAGAGUCACAUCCAACUCUGCUGCUCUGUGCAUCUCUACUGGACACGCGGGUCUACAUGAGCGAUCUCUGCUAAACUUCUCGAUCAGACAGAGAUCUGCUUCAUCAGACAGCUCAAUGAGACCCCCGGACACCUCUCUGUUUGUCCCACUGGCGGUGAAAAUCGACGACGCAGAAGACGGAGCGAUUGGAGCGGAAUUAACGAGGCCACUUGAAAAAACUGAAAUUCUCAAAGUGCUGAACAGAUUUUACAAAAGGAAAGAGAUGCAGAAGCUUGCUGCUGACCAGGGGCUUGAUGCGUGUCUCUUCCACCAAGCCUUUAUUAGCUUCAGGAAGUAUGUUCUAGAGAUGAAGACUCUUAGUGCUGAUCUGCACAUUAUUCUUAGUGACAUCUGUUAUGGAGCAGGACACAUUGAUGAUAUAUUCCCAUACUUUAUGAGGCAUGCCAAACAGAUCUUUCCCAUGCUGGACUGCAUAGAUGACCUGCGCAAGAUUAGUGACUUGCGUGUGCCAGCAAACUGGUAUCCUGAGGCCCGAGCGAUUCAGAGGAAGAUAAUUUUCCAUGCAGGUCCCACUAACAGUGGUAAGACCUACCAUGCCAUCCAGAGAUACCUGGAGGCAAAAUCGGGAGUUUAUUGUGGUCCUCUCAAGUUGCUGGCCCAUGAGAUCUUUGAAAAAAGUAACACUGCAGGUGUACCGUGUGAUCUAGUGACAGGAGAAGAGAGAACCUUUGUGGAUCUAGAUGGGAAACAAUCUAAUCAUGUAGCCUGUACCAUUGAAAUGUGCAGUGUUAUAACUCCAUAUGAAGUUGCAGUCAUUGAUGAGAUUCAAAUGAUCAGAGAUCCUGCCAGAGGAUGGGCCUGGACUAGAGCUCUUCUGGGUCUGUGUGCUGAGGAGAUCCAUGUGUGUGGAGAACCUGCAGCUAUUAGCUUCAUCACUGAACUCAUGUUCACCACUGGCGAGGAGGUGGAGGUUCGGAACUAUAAGCGGCUGACUCCGUUCUCUAUCUCGGACAGUGCAGUGGAGAAUCUCGACAACCUGAAGCCUGGUGACUGCAUUGUGUGUUUCAGCAAAAAUGACAUCUACUCUGUGAGUAGGCAAAUAGAGAUCCGAGGCCUGGAAUGUGCUGUCAUUUACGGCAGUUUGCCACCUGGUACCAAGCUGGCUCAAGCAAAAAAGUUCAAUGACCCAGAUGACCCCUGUAAGAUCCUCGUAGCUACCGAUGCAAUUGGAAUGGGUUUGAACUUGAGCAUAAGGAGAAUAAUAUUUAACUCCCUGGUGAAACCUAAUGUGAAUGAGAAAGGGGAGAAAGAGAUGGACACCAUUUCCACCUCUCAGGCUCUGCAAAUCGCUGGCCGAGCAGGUCGCUUCAGUUCCAUGUUUAAAGAAGGAGAGGUGACCACCAUGCAUCGUGAUGAUCUUCCUGUCUUGAAGGAGAUCCUGAGCAGAACUGUUGAUCCUGUGGAGACUGCAGGUCUACACCCCACUGCAGAGCAGAUAGAGAUGUUUGCUUAUCACCUCCCUGACGCCACACUUUCCAAUCUCAUUGACAUAUUCGUGAGCCUCUCGCAAGUAGAUGGCCUUUACUUCGUUUGCAACAUCGAUGAUUUCAAGUUCCUGGCAGACAUGAUCCAGCACAUUCCUUUGAACCUGCGCUCUCGCUACGUCUUCUGUACCGCCCCUAUCAACAAGAAACAGCCCUUUGUUUGCACGUCCUUCCUUAAGUUUGCGAGGCAGUUCAGCAGGGACGAGCCGUUGACUUUUGCAUGGGUGUGUCGACACAUCAGCUGGCCGCUGGUCCCUCCCAAAAAUAUCAAGGACCUUGUUCACCUGGAGGCUGUACAUGAUGUGCUGGAUCUCUACCUUUGGCUCAGCUAUCGCUUCAUGGACAUGUUUCCUGAUGCCAGCCUCGUCCGUGAGAUCCAGAAGGAACUGGACAGCACUAUUCAGGUUGGAGUGAGAAACAUUACACGGCUUAUCCGUGCCACAGAAACGCAAAGCAACAGCACAGGUUCUGCAGCUGAAUCAAAAACCUCCCCAUUUCCCGGAUUAAGACUGAGAAAACCUCGGGGAUCCAAAACCCAUGUUCACGGUAAACAGGACACAAGGGGUGCAGACAGUUCGCUUGGUGCUCGUCUGGUUCAGGAGGGUCUACUCACACCAGAGCUCCUGCAGCAGCUUCAGAGAGAGUGGACAAGAGAGCAGAACCCCAGUGGACCUACAGGGACUAUUAUUAAAAAUAAGAAAAAAAAAUAAGUAAUUUGGUAUCAGUCUCACUUUUCUACAUUUAGAUAGGGGCUUAUUUAAUACAUAAUCUGCUUAUCCAUUAAAUAUGGACGUGUCUGUUAAGACUGAAAUCUACAGAUAUGUGGUAUACGUGUGUAAAAGGCUAUACGUGUGUGAAUGAGUCAACAUUGCUACUAGGUUCCUAAUAAAACAUUCUACUAUUUUUAA